AUGAUGAUUAAUAAUUCAUCACAAGUUGGAUAUUAUGACAUGGAUAAUAAUAUGGUGAUUGGUGACAAUUCAAGUGAAGUUGAUGUAUUAAACACCACGCCAUUUUCAGUGCGCGAUAUUUUAAACAUUGUCGAUCAGAAUAACGAAGAAAAUUCUUAUCAAGUUAUGAAUGGAAACGAUCAAUUUUCACAAAAGUUUUAUGGCAACAAUGUUCCACAAUUUGGGAAUAAUUUGCAACAAUAUAAAAGCUUUCGUGGAUCAACAAAUGAUCAAAUGGGAUUUUAUGAUUAUUCAUUCAACAACAAUUAUUUGCUUUUUCAAAAUCCACCUUCGACUUACAACGGCUACGAAUAUUCACAAGGAAAUCCACCAAAUUAUCACGAUUUUAAUUCACUUCCAAGUUACAAUCAUUUUUCAUCAAAUUCUUCGCCAAUUUUUGGAUCAAAUUAUCGUCACUCGAACAUGACAACAUUACCAGAAAAUGAUAAAUUUUCUCAACAAAUGAAAAUUGAAUCAUCACAAAAUAUGAAAACUGAUUCGAUGGAAAAGUUUUCAAUUGUUCACAAUACCUCUGAACAUGUUCAAGAGUUAAAUCAAAUGUGUCAAAUAAAAGAUACAAAAGAGUUUGAGAAAAGUUUGCCUAAAGAUUCAAAUCAUAUCGUGACAUCAUCAUCAUCAUCAAUUGGAAAAUCAGGAAAAACUAAAACAAAAAGGAAACCAAGAAUUCUCUUUUCACAAUCCCAAGUUGUUGAGCUUGAAAGAAGAUUUAAGCUUCAAAAAUAUCUCUCAGCACCUGAACGAGAGACUUUAGCUGGUAGUUUGAGUCUUACCCCAACUCAAAUAAAAAUUUGGUUUCAAAAUCGUCGAUACAAAUCAAAACGAUUGCAAAUUGAAUGCGGGAUGCAAGGAUCGUCAUCAUCUUUAAAAGCAAAAGAUCCAAUGAAAGGAACUUCAAAGUCAAACUAUUCAUCGGCGCCAUCGAAUGUUAACAUUGCAACACUUCAGUCUUCAAUUCAACCGCCAUCGUACUCAACAUACAACAAUAUUUUUUGGUAACAGGAAGACUCAAUUGAAUCCUUAAAAUUCGUACAAUUUUUUUUAAAACAUGAGAAAUACGAAAUUGUUGCCUUUUUUUGAAAAUGUGAAAAAUAAACG